CCCCCCUCACCCUCAUCUCCCGCCCCCCCCCCGCCUACCCGAUGUACCAGGGUCGCCCCGACGCCCACCGGGGGGCGCACUUCCACCAUCACUACCACGCCCACCAGCAGCCCACCCACCUGGCCCCGCCCCCACUUCCCCCCCACUACCAGCACCACGGCCACUUUCACGCGUAUGGCGGGGGGGCUCCGGUCGGGGGGGGCGCUGCUGUGGGCAGCAAGAAGAAGACGUGGAACUUCAUACAUGAGAAGAUGAGCUACGACACGUUCUUCACCAUGAAGCGUCUGAUCGAGCGCUCGCGGCGCCCGGACGAGGUGCUGCGCUGGGUCACCCAGAACCCUGCCAAGAUCUCCCACAACCACUACCCCGUUGCCCUGCAGAAGAUUGGACAGCUGCUGCAGGCUGCGCCGCCAGCACGGGGCGGGGGGGGCGAGCCCGACCCCGAGGCCACUGCAGGAGCGGAGGGCGGCGACGGGCGCCAGAUCCUUGAGCACCAGGACUUCCAGACGCUCUGCGGCGCCAUCGUCAAUGACUGCGCCAAGUUCGACAACUUCAGCAUCGUCAACUGUCUUUACGCCGUGGCAGCACUCGGUCUUCCCAGUGAGUCUCAGGUGGUGCAGGUGUUGGAGGCGGAGUCUCAAUCCAGACUGAACCAGUUCAACCAGAAGGACGUGUCCAUGGUGUUCAGCUCCAGCAUGAAGCUGCACCCGGGCAGCCAGCACCCUCUGACGGAGGCGUGCCUGUCCGGUCUGGAGAAGAACCUGGAGCGGGAGCGCCACCCGCAGACGCUCUUCCUGCUGCUGUCCUACUAUCGCCUCAAGUGGCGCUCGCUGCAGCCGCAGGAAUCCGCCUCUGCCACAGGCGCCACCAACACCGCCACUGAUAGCAGCGCGCUGCCAAACCCCGAACAGCUGCUAGCCAACAGGAAGAUCCUACGUCUGGUCAAACACACGCUGGCGAGCGUCAACGGCGUGCGUGACCAGGAGAUGGCGCUGCUGGACGAGAUGCUGGCGGCGUGCGUCCGGGAGGCAAGCAACAAGAGUCUGGAGCUGAUCUUCAGCUCGCACCUGUUCUACCAGAACCGCCAGGAGAGGUUCAUCAGCAGCCUGGCAGAGGAGCUGCCUAAAAAGGUGGACAGCAUCACGCCGUACACGAUGGCUCUGAUCGCCAAAUACAUCGCUCGCCACCGCCUGAGAGAGACCCGCCUCCUGGACACCAUCGCUGACUUCCUGGUGAAGAAGGCCGAGUACCUGGACAGUAAGGUGAUCCAGAAACUGGUGUUCCCGUUUAGCAGGAUGAGCUACCGUCCGUGUGGUGAGCAGCAGUUCUUCUCUCGUAUGGAGGAAGUGUUGGAGCUGAAGGCACUCAGCUCGCCGCUCGCCACCGUCAACAUUCUGAUGUCUCUGUUCCAGCUGGGCCACUUCCCCAGCCUGGUGCUGCACCGCGUCUUCUCCUCCUCCUUCAUCAGCAUCGUCACCAACAGUCCGUACGCGCAGAUCGUGCGGCGCUACCUGUCCCUGCUGGACGCCGCCGUGGAGCUGGAGUACCGAGAGUACACCGGGCCACGGCUGCAGGAGGCUCACAAGGUCCUGAUGUUUGACCACGCCCUCACCGCCGACGAGGUCAACCGCAAGUACAGUUAUAAAGGUUUGGUAGCUGAAGCUCUGAGGCAGCUGGUGGGAGAACAGAACUACAAACAGGACGAAGUACUGGCCCCCGGGUACUACACAGACUUCGUGUUGUGGAUUGAUGGUUCAGGUCGGGUUCUGCCGAUCCGGACCGGAUCCAGUCUUGCUCUUGGCAUCGUUCCUCCGUCCUGCGUCACCGUGGCGACCAAGCCAGCGGACGCUGCGGUCGCCGCAGUGACUUCUGAGUUCCAGAAGUUCUCUCCGUUCGUAGGGUUGGAGGAGGGCGGCGAGCAGCUGGGUCAGGGUGCAGAGGCCGGGGGCGGGGCCAUGGAGCCUAGGUCCUUCCUGCCCCACCACACUCGCAGCACGCCGGGGGCCACACCGCCCCGCCCCGGGACUAACGGUGGCCCCUACGGCACGUACUUCGUCCCCGCGGCGGAGUACUACUCCAGCCUGGCCAAGGAGCACUCUCUGGAGAGCCAGGACAGCUCCACGCUCAGCAGCCCCCCCUCCGACGGCCUGGCCCCCCCUGGGGCCCAGGGUCCCGCGGGCGCUGCCGCACCGGACUCCCUGUUCCAGUUCUCCAUUGGGAAGAUCCUGGAGGACGAGGCGGGGGGCCCGGGGGGCUCGGGGACAGACUGCGAGCUGCCGGGAUUCUACGAGGACGUGACAUAUUCUGAGGGUUCUGGGGCCGACAGAGGGCCCCCGUCACCGCCGCUCCACCCUCCUGACAGGACGGACGCCGACAGCACCGCUGCAGACCAGAGACAGAUCAGGAGGGUCAUCAUGUCCGUCAACGAUAAGUGGCACUACUGCCACAACUCGGAGGUCCUGGUGGGUUCUCGCGCCAUGAGGGACCGCCACCUGAGGCUGCUGGGAUACAUCAUCCUGCAGCUGCCGUACCACGAGCUGGAGAAGCUGAACGGCAUCGAGGAGGUGAAGCAGUACCUGCACAAGAAGCUGCUGGACGUCCCUCUAUGACGCUCUGUGUGUGUGUGUGUGUGUGUGUGUGUGUGUGUGUGUGUGUGUGGGGUGGGAGGGUGGUCAGAGGUCAGCAGGUUGUUGACAUCCUGUCAGUCAAAGAUCAGGGAGAAUUCAGCUGCACAUUAACUAACGGUUCUCUAAUCACAUGUUUUAUUAAUCAAUAAGUCGAUCAGUUAAUGAGUCAUUAUUGUGCAGAUGGACCCAGACUCCCAUCAAGCCGUGCGGCUUCUUAAAGGACCGCCGUGCUUCCUUCUGACCAUUUUCCAAAUCAGCCAAAAAAUUUUACUUUUCUAAGUUCAACAUGUCACCAGCCGCCGACCCUGAAACAUCACGCCCACUUCCUGUUUGUUUGCUUACCUGCAGCGUCAGUAAACAUCCACCUGCUCAGGUGAGUUCCUUGUUUUGGGACGUGGUCAGCUGACGGUGCAGGCUGUGAUCUGAUUGGUCGCUGUGUGGAUGAACAACAUAAUAUCUUUUUUUGGGGGGGAGGGGGGCCCUUUUUUAUAAAAUUUGGUAACCAUGGUUACGAUGCAUGUUUUAUAAACAGCUGAGAGCGGAUGGAGCCGGGGCUAAUGGGUACUGUAGUUCUCUCUGAAGAACGAGUGGGUGAAUAACUCGGGGUCAAAGGUCAGAUUAUUUAUUUGUGUAUCAGGUGACUGACGAGUGUUUGAGGGAAGAAGCUUGUUUAUAUUCUAUAAAUCUAUUCAGUCAAAUGUCUAUAAAACAUCAAACGCAG